CGCGUUCACAGGCUUUUUCACUGCUGUUCGGGUGACGAGCGCGUUCGCAAUGGCUGCGCAAAACGAGUCCGAGGUGUCUUACCGUGCGCCCCAGUAAGGGCCCCGAGUGGAAGAGCGCAACCGGACCGGGCUCAACAUGACCACCGGGUUCAGCUCCAACUCCUGCCGAUUUGCAGAUUACUUCGUCAUCUGCGGACUUGACACCGACAGCGGGCUGGAACCAGACGAGCUGUCCGCAUUAUGCCAGUAUAUACAGGCUACUAAGUUCAGAGAUGGUGCCCAAGGAAAGUUGGCGAUUUCACACGAAGGUGAGAAUUUUGAGCAGAGUCCACUGCGGAGAACUUUCAAAUCCAAAGUUCUGGCACAUUACCCAGAGAAUGUGGAGUGGAGUCCAUUUGACCAGGAUGCGGUGGGCAUGCUCUGCAUGCCGAAGGGCCUGUCCUUCCGGACGCAGGCGGACAUGCGCAAUCCCGACUUCCACUCCUUCAUCAUCACGCGCGAGGACGGCUCGCGUACCUACGGAUUUGCCCUCACCUUCUUCGAGGAGGUGACCAGCAAGCAGAUCUGCAGUGCCAUGCAGACGCUCUACCACAUGCACAACGCUGAGCAGUAUGACAUCCUGCACACGUCGGGCACACCCACCGCUGCCAGGACUCCGCCCCUCCCUGCACCCGUCGCCGCCGCCGCCGCCUGCUCCUCCUCCUCCUCCUCCUCGUGCGGGGGGGUUCUGCGCGCCGCGCCGACGCUCUCGCGUCUGCAGCGCUUCAACUCCUACGACAUCAGCCGCGACACGCUCUAUGUGUCCAAGUGUAUCUGCCUGAUGGCACCCAUGGCGUUUGCCCAGGCCUGCCGCAAGGUGCUGGAGCAGCUGCACCGCGCCGUCACCUCGCUGCAGCCCCCGCCCCUGCCGCUGGAGAGCUACGUCUACAACGUGCUGUACGAGGUGCCGCUGCCACCCGUCGGCCGCUCCCUCAAGUUCUCCGGCGUGUACGGGCCCGUGGUGUGCCAGCGGCCCAGCACGGCCGAGCUGCCCCUCUUCGACUUCCCCAUGCGAGACAUGUUCGAGCUGCUUGGCGUGGAGAACGUGCUGCAGCUGUUCACCUGCGCCCUGCUGGAGAUCCAGAUCCUGCUCUACUCCCAACAUUACCAGCGGCUGAUGACGGUGGCCGAGAGCAUCACGGCCUUGAUGUUCCCUUUUCGCUGGCAGCACGUCUACGUGCCGAUCCUGCCCGCCUCGCUGCUGCACUUCCUGGACGCGCCCGUGCCCUACCUCAUGGGCCUGCACUCCAACGGGCAGGGCGACCGCACCAAGCUGGAGCUGCCCCAGGAGGCCAAUCUGUGCUUCGUUGAUAUUGACAACCAUUUCAUUGAGCUGCCCGAGGACUUGCCCCAGUUCCCCAACAAGCUGGAAUUCAUCCAGGAGAUAUCGGAAGUGUUGAUUGCAUUCGGGGUAUCACCGGAGGGGAAUGUGCCCUGCAGCGAUGGUCCCACCAAACUGAAGGGCUUCCGUGCGUCUGAUGUGGUGUCCGAUAAGCGCAACGGCAACCUGGCUGGCUCCCCCCUGAACUCCUACCUUCUACGGGAGAACCAGACCAUUGCCCGCCUGCAGGCCCUGGUGAAGAGGACCGGAGUGAGCCUGGAGAAGCUGGAUGUCAAAGAGGACGCGAGCACCAACAAAGACGCGAAGGUGCAGUGUGAUGAGGAGGAGCUGAAGAUGCACCAGCUCAAUAUUCAAGUACGGGAGGUCUUCGCCAACCGCUUCACGCAGAUGUUCGCCGACUACGAGGUCUUCGUCAUCCAGCCUAGUCAGGACAAAGAGUCCUGGUUCAGCAACCGUGACCAGAUGCAAAACUUUGACAAGGCUUCCUUCCUGUCAGACCAGCCGGAACCAUACCUGCCCUUUCUCUCUCGCUUCCUGGAGACGCAAAUGUUCGCCUCCUUCAUCGACAGCAAGAUCCUGUACCACGAUGAUGAAGACAAAGAGCAUGCGCUGCGGGUGUUUGACGCCCGCGUGGACAAGAUUCGCCUGCUGAACGUUCGCACGCCCACACUUCGCACCUCCAUGUACCAGAAGUGCACCAACAUGGAUGACGCAGAGAAGGCCAUCGAGAUGCGGCUGUCCAAGAUGGACCACACGGCUGUGCACCCCCAUCUCCUGGAUAUGAAGAUAGGCCAGGGCCGCUACGAGCAGGGCUUCUUCCCUCGCCUGCAGUCUGACGUGCUCUCUACCGGACCAACCAGCAACAAGUGGACCAAGCGGAGUGCCCCAGCGCAGUGGAGGAGGAAGGACCGACAGAAGCAGCAUGCUGAACACCUCUACCUGGACAACGACCAGCGAGAGAAGUACAUCCAGGAGGCCAGGAACCUGGGCACCACCAUCCGACAGCCUAAGCUCUCCAACCUGUCCCCCUCUGUCAUCGCCCAGACCAACUGGAAGUUCGUAGAGGGCCUGCUGAAGGAGUGCAGGAAUAAGACCAAGCGCAUGCUGGUGGAGAAGAUGGGUAGGGAGGCAGUGGAGCUGGGCCAUGGUGAGGGAAGCAUCACUGGCGUGGAGGAGAACACGCUCAUCGCCAGCCUCUGUGACCUGCUGGAGAGGAUCUGGAGUCACGGCCUGCAAGUCAAACAGGGAAAAUCGGCAUUAUGGUCACACCUGUUACAUUACCAGGAGAGCAAGGAGAAGAGGGAUGCCACACCGGCUGGCUUGGGCCCUCCUGGACUCAUUCAUGACACGGAGAGGCGGAAGUCGGAUGCUGGCUGUGCGAUGCCCCCUCUCAAAGUCUCCCUCAUACAAGACAUGAGGCACAUUCAGAACAUCGGUGAGAUUAAGACGGAUGUGGGGAAGGCCAGAGCCUGGGUGCGGCUCUCCAUGGAGAAGAAACUGCUGUCUCGACACCUCAAGCAGGUGCUGUCCGACCAGGAGCUCACCAAGAAACUAUAUAAGCGUUAUGCUUUCCUACGCUGCGAUGACGAGAAGGAGCAGUUCCUCUAUCACCUCCUGUCCUUCAAUGCUGUUGACUACUUCUGCUUCACAAACGUCUUCACCACGAUCAUGAUCCCAUACCAUGUGGUGGUCAUUCCCAGUAAGAAACUGGGGGGAUCCAUGUUCACCGCCAACCCCUGGGUAUGCGUCUCUGGAGAGCUGGCUGAGACCGGGGUACUCCAAGUGCCUAAGAACACUUUGGAAAUUACUUUUGAAUGCCAGAACCUGGGCAAACUGACCACAGUGCAGAUGGGUCAUGAUAACUCAGGACUGUAUGCCAAGUGGCUGGUUGAGUGUGUUAUGGUCCGAAAUGGAAUCACAGGACACACUUAUAAGUUCCCGUGCGGACGCUGGUUGGGGAAGGGCGUGGAUGAUGGCAGUCUAGAGAGGAUUUUGGUGGGAGAGCUUGUGACUGCUGGAUCGGAGAGUGAUGAGAGAAUGUGCCGCACCCCUCCCAUGCAGCAGUCACCUGGAAUGAUGCGGAGGCUCGUCGCCAUCUCGCCCAACAGCAAACCAAAGUUGAACACAGGCCAGAUCCAAGAAGGAGUGGGAGAGGCAAUCAAUGGCAUUGUGAAGCACUUUCAUAAGCCAGAGAAAGAGAGAGGCAGCCUGACUCUGCUUCUCUGUGGAGAAUACGGUCUUGUUUGGGCUCUGGAGCAGGUGUUUCAGCAUGGAUUCAAGUCACCUCGUCUCUUCAAGAAUGUCUUCAUUUGGGAUUUUCUGGAAAAGGCACAAGUUUACUUUGAGAGUGCCGAGCAGAGUCAAGUGACUCAGGACGAGAACUAUCAGACGAGGGUGCGGCAUUUCUGUCGCUUCAUGCGUGCCAUCAGCAGCACACCCAGGAACAUUGGCAAAGAUGGAAAGUUCCAGAUGCUUGUGUGCCUCGGAGCCAGAGAUCACCUGUUACAUCACUGGGUAGCAUUACUGGCAGACUGUCCAAUCACAGCACAGAUGUAUGAGGAUACAGCAUUACUAAAGGACCAUUCUUUGGUGAACUCUUUGAUCAGAGUGUUACAGACUUUGCAAGAAUUCAACAUUACUCUGGAGGCCUCUCUAGUGAAAGGGAUUGGAAUUUGAAACCUCCCCCUCCUUAUCUGGUGAAAAGGACCUCACCACGGCAGUUCACCGGGGACCAUGGACUAUUUGCUUUUUUACAUGGAGAGACUUGAACAAGUGGAUUAAACCUGGCUUACAUUAAAGCUACUGUCACGUUUGCCAUAUAUUAAGUGCAAUGAGCCUUUUCAAAAUGUGUCAUUAUUUUUAUCCUUGAUGAUGUUGCUGUUAGACAUUUAAAAUGUUUUGUAUUAUGAUCCAUACUUUUCACAAAAGGUGAAAACAACCCACCCGUGCUAUACUGUUUUAUUGAAAGCUCAAUAUUUUCAUUGUUAUUGUGAACUGCUGACAAUGGCUAUAUUUAAAAGGAGAACAAGGAUGAAAAAGUGGUAAUAUAUUUUCAAAGAACAGUAUUAUUUUGAUAUGUCUGUCAAGUUGCUUGCUCUGUGGUCUAUCUAAUCCAUACUGUCACAAUGCAGAGUUUAAAGCAAAUGAUGCAGAAGUAUGCUUUAUAAGUAUAACUCAUGGGAAAGUCAUGUUUUAAUUAAAAAACAAAAACAAACAAACAAACAAAAACAAACAAACAAGAAAUAAGCUCUUGUUUUUAAAACAUUGGCAGGGGACCUUGUCAUUCUCCAAAAGUAGUAUGCAAAUAUCCAUUAGCACAUGCUGACAGUAGAAUAUGGUCCAUUAUAUUGAAUGAUAGGAUGCAUAAAAUAAUGCACAAAUGUAUUUUAUGAAGUAAAAAAAAACAACACACAUUUCUCUCUAUAACCACUUUAGAGAACUUUCUAUUAUUACCCAAGCAUUUUUCUAGCCAGACUUUUCUUGGAUCCCCAUGAAUACCUCUGAUUAAUGUAUUCCACAAUGCUACAUUCCUCAUCUGUCUACCCCUCAGGUUUGCACGCUAGCCAGUGGAAAUAGCCCAGGGACAUUUAGAAGCAGCACACUGAGUGUUUGUUUGCCUCCACGAAAACCCCAGCUCAGCCCAUUUGUUUCUGCUAUGCAAUAUUUACAUCUCAAACAAACAAAACCACCACUGAUUUAGAAUAUAUUGUCAAAACGGACUUUCUCCAACUGUUUUAAAUUGUAGCAUAUAAUGUAGUCAGGAUGACAAGCUCAUUACAGAUUCUCAUUCAUGUGCCAAUAUCAGUACUUCUGGUAACCUGUCACCAAUCUAGACACAGUUGGCAUGAACAUUGUUUCUUGAUACGUUUAUAGCAAACUGUAAUGUGCUAAAUAAGUGAGCAACAGUGUACAGUGUAUAAAAUGUAUUAAAAGUGAUAGUUGCA